UCCAAUCGAGUACUCAUAGUACCGCUCACACCUGCGUUUCGCCACGAGUCGAGGAAAGGCUCGCUUUCGAUGUUUACGGGGAGAAAUCUCUGCCCGAGACCGGUCGCGCCAGUCUCGCGGCCCGCGCCGUCCUCGCACCACGCAUACCGCCGCGGCCAACCUUCCCCGAAUUUCCCCCCCUAUUCCCGGUAGUGAAGUGUUUUGUUUGUGAGUGAACCAGGAUUUUUAAAGUGUGUUUUUGCUCGGAUGUGGCGGUGAUGGCUAUGUGCGCGCGCGCAGCGCUGUUGUGCGCGCUGGUCCUCGCCGGCGCGCACGCCUACACCGUCGACUGCAACCGCGAGUACACGGACUGCGACUCUGAACUAAGUAAACUAGUAGGAGAAGAAGAUGACGGAAUAGUGGCAGCACCUCAAACCGAAACAACGGUAGAAAUGGUAGAACAUCUCACCGAAUCACCCUCCCCCACAUCAACCAAAGCCACAGCGCCCCCCACGAGAUCUACAGCUCCUCCCACACCAGAACCAGAAACAGGAAGAGAAACAGAAAGAGAAACAGAAACCACUAAGGAAGAUGAUACGGCUACGAUCGAAUCACCCAAUCUGAAACCAAAAGGAAGACUACUAAAUUUAAAUCUAGAUGAACUAAAGAAUUUCGCCCUCACACUACAUAAUAGUACUAAAGUUACUGAUCUUAGCGAUGUAACUUUGGAUGGCGAAGAAGAAUUUGAUCCCUCGAAACUAGAAGUUCUUAAGUCUAUUAAAGAUCUGCCUGAUAAGUUUUACUCGAAUCUGCAAGCACCGUUCCAUCCUGCGCUUUUGGCGGAUCAUUCUGAUGAAGGGAAGGAGGAAGGAGAGACAAUAUGCGUUGAAAAUGGAAUCAGUUAUAAGGUAGGACACCACGUGGAUCGUUCAUGUGAAGAGACAUGCGAGUGCAUGCCAAACGGCAAAUUCAAUUGCUCCCCGCGCUGCAAGCAUCCGUACGUCCGCCGGGGACGGACACUGAACGAUCCGCUGUGCUUCGAGUCACCCGUCGAUGAGUGCUGCAGUAUCAUCGCGUGCGCCACUGGGAACGGAGACACGAAGGUGACCAAACUGGAGGUGUGCAAGUACGGCAACGACACGCACCUCACGGGCGACACGUGGAACGUGGGCUGCGAGCAACGAUGCACGUGUGAAAAGAACUCGAUCAUCGUCUGCAAGCCGAGGUGUGCCCCUCUACCCCCAUCGGACAAAUGCAUCAACGUCCAAGAUCCCAAAGACGCCUGUUGUGAAGUGCAAAUCUGCGACGUUUCGCAAGAUGUGCACGAAGAUCAAACUGACAACGUCACUAAUUCCACGACUACUGCUGAGAUACCAAACCUCACAGAGGAACCUCCAACAUCUACCACCAUGCGUCCACUAGUGCUGACCGAACCUAUUGGCUCCAUCAAGGUCCUGCAAAACAACAGCGUCCAGGUGGCCCUAAUGCACUCCAACAGCAGCGAUGCCCCCAUCCAUCUCCUCAUCAGCAAUGACGGAGGAACCACGUUCGAAGACGUAGAACUUAAAUAUGAUAACCUCAUCCUUAACCUGGACGGUGGAAAAGACUACAUUCUGAAGACGAAGGAGACUGGAACUAAGUUUAAUUUCACGAUAACUUCGAUGGAUAUGGUGGAAAAAGAGCCGCCUGAGGAAUUGGUUGAGGUUGAUGAGAAGAUGGGGUGCCAUGAGAAUGGCAAGUUUUAUGAAGUUGGCGAAGAGUUCCACAUCGGGUGCUCCGAGCUGUGCGAGUGCACGGGCGAUGAGACGCGCGAGUGCGCGGCGCUGGAGUGCCCGUCGCACGUGGGGCUGGAGCUGAUGUCGAAGGGCUGCGUGCGCUGGGCGCCCAGCCCGCCGCCCGCGCCGCCCAACUGCUGCCCGCGCGCCGCGCGCUGCCUCAGCGACGGCACGUGCCAUUACAAUGGAGUACCCAUCCCGAACUGGACCGACGUGCCUAUCAGCCUCACGGGCUGCUCGCAGCGCUGCUUCUGCGAGAACGGCGAGCUAGACUGCCAGGAGGUGUGCUCCCCCCUCCCGCCGCUGCCCCCGCAGAACAUGCGCUGCCCCCCCGGACACCACCCCGGGGCCGUCAACAUCUCCAUCGACGACUGCUGUCAGCAGUGGGGCUGCGUACCGCACGGUAAUGUCCUUACUCGACUGGUAGUAUUCCCCCUCCCCCGCAGAACAUGCGCUGCCCCCCCGGACACCACCCCGGAGCCGUCAACAUCUCCAUCGACGACUGCUGCCAGCAGUGGGGCUGCUAUUCCCCCUCCCCCGCAGAACAUGCGCUGCCCCCCCGGACACCACCCCGGAGCCGUCAACAUCUCCAUCGACGACUGCUGCCAGCAGUGGGGCUGCGUGCCGCACGGUCAAACCCCGUCAUCAGAAGUGCCGAGUUCCACACAGACACAUAUACCAAAAGCGCCGUUCCUGCCAACGGUGCCCCCGGAUUCCUCGAUCCACUUCCCGGAUGAGGAUGUCGGACAGAACCAUAUAAUACAGCAGCGUCCUGUCAACCCGCUGGUGAACGGGCUACCACCAGGUCUCAUACCCUCCGGAAUACCUGGAAUCACGGUACCGCCGAACAACGAGAACAAGAAGCUGACGGUAAUCAACCUGGUGGCGGAUUCGCCGACCAGCGUAAAGAUGCUGUUCGCCCUGCCGCCUGUACUCGUUGGGUUGCGCGGGAGUGUCGACCUGAGAUAUACUGACAAAGCUGACGAAGACAUCUCACACUGGUACUCCCAAGUGUUCGCGCCGGCGGACGAGGUCCUCACCACGUCGCGCCUGGAGUUCCGCCUGACCGGCCUGAAGCCGGCCACCGUGUACAAGAUGAGAGGGAAGCUAUACCUGCACAACUUACCCGUAGAGCCGGAGAGCGAGAUAUACAGCAUCCGCACGCUGGAUCCCCUGCCCACGGUGGCACCGGUAGAAGUGAAGAGGCGAGAGAUCGAUAGCAGAAUGGCGGUCCACGAACUCAACGACUCCGUGGCUCAGAUCACAUGGAAACGGUUCACCGAGGCAGAUUUACCGUUUAUUGACGCCAUUCAAGUUCGCUACCGUCCCGUUGGCAACCCGAUCUACAGCAUGACGGAGUUACUCCACCACAGUCGAGACUCCGUGUUCCUACAGGAGCUACGACCUGGGAGCAGAUAUGAGGCCUCUCUAGUACUAGUGCCGCCACCUGGAGCCACUACUGAGCUGCACGACCCCGCUGUGCUCGAGUUCACGACCGCACCUUACAUCGACCCAUACAACUGGUCAGUGCAGCUGGAAGCCCGCUCGGUGGGCGCCGAGGCGGCGGAGCUGACGUGGCGCGGCGUGCCGGCGCCGGCGGAGCGCUGGGUGCGCGUGUACCGCGCGGCGCACGCGUGCGGCGCCGGCCGCCGCGAGCACGACGCCUUCCGCCUCGCCGUGCGCGACCAGGCGCCCGCCAUCACGCUCACCGGCCUCGAGCCUGACACGAGGUGUCGUGUGUGGCUUGAGCUGUUCCUUACAAAUGGAAAAGUGAAGACCAGUAACGUGCUAGAAAUUAACACAAAGUCCCUAGACUCUCCGGAGCCAAUCGACAAUGCCAUCGAAGCCUCAUCAGUGGGUGGCGCCAUGGCGCCGCGGGGAGAUUACUACGGAGCGCUAGUGGUAGUGGGCGUGGUGGCCGCAUUGGGCGCGCUGACGUCACUUUUGCUUCUGCUGGUGGUUGUCCGUCGACAUCGCCCGCGCUCUGUACCUAUUACUCCUGUACCUACCGCUCCAAGGGAGUCGUCGCUUCCACCGUACGACAACCCCGCGUACAAACUAGAGUUACAGCAAGAAACUAUGGAUCUCUGACAAUUAAGCUCCCGUGGGCACACGAACGGCCUGAACGGGAUCUCGGAGCGCGGCGUGGACGUGCCAAACGGCCGGCAUUACAACGAAAUGGGCGUUUAAAGAGCCGGCUACGAAACAAGUGUCAAGACAUUGUAGGAAGAAAUUAAAUGCACGUAAACAGAAACGAUGCUAGAUGCACAUUAUAUAGGACUACAGCUGACUGUACAUCGAAGAUAAAAUCAGUCUGUCAGAAAGUUGGCCAGUAGUUUUUGACGUAAUAUGGUUGAACUUAUCGCGUGAUUAUGACAAUAUAAAAUGUGCGUCUUUUACUGUACAUAACAGUAGUCUGAAAGUGAAUUAUGUUAUUGCUUGAAAUAAUUUCGUCAUAAGAGCGACCAUAAAAGAUCGUCAGCAGCUUUUAUUCUUCAGAUUUUUUUAGUACAAUGUCUUAUUUGUGGAUGUAAAAUGCCGCCAAGCCUGCUCAAUGGAUGGACUGAUUACCAAUUAUUUUGCUGCAAAGCUGCUUCGCGUGGCUGUAUUUAACAACUAUUGGCACUCCAUAUAUUUCUUCUAAACAAGAGAUAUAUGAUAUUUGUCAAUUUAAGUGAAGCAUAAAAAGAAAGACCGAAAUGUAUCGUAAGCGACAUAUAUUCUAAGAGAUAGGCGAGAAUGGAUCCUAAUUAAAGAAGUAUUGGACUAUUACAGGUUACUUCUAUAGCAGUGAGUGAAAGUGACAAUGAUCAAGUGCAAAGUGUUAGCCAAAACUAAUAGUGUUAUAUUGUAAGAUAGAUAUUGUUUACGUGUAGGCAACUAUAACUUUAUUAGGAGUCAAUAUAACAUGAUUGUACCUACAUAUUUGUAAUGAAAUAUUUUACUUUGUACCUAUACACUACGACAUAUUCUUUGAACAAAUCAAUAUCUUUGUAAAUCAUUUGUGACCUUAUUUACUCUACAUAUUUGUAAGUCAGAUUGGUUACAGUCAAUUUAGGAUAUGGAAAAAGUAUAACUGGUCAAAAUAUGGUUCAAAAAUGGGAAAAAUAUUUUAAAUACUUCAGAUGUGGCUGUUCCAAUCUAGUAAUUAAAGUUUAACAUUUUGUUUAGGUAUAAAUGUUAUCAAUCUUUACAGAAGAACUUAUUGUAUUUAAAAAUGUGAUUUCAAUAAGUUUCAAUUUUAAAACGUUAAACCUUUUCUGGAUAAAUUAUAAAGAGCUUAAUAAUUGCCUUAAAGUACUGCAACUCAAGCGCAUAGUGAUCAAAAACACCAUAUACUUACGACAGCAGUUCUAUUGCCGUAUCUUCCAUACAGUUUUCCCACGGUAUUUCGUUUUUUUUAGUGAUACGGCAAUAUUUAUAAGAUUUUCUCUUUAAGCACGGCAAUUUGAGACUGUACACACCAACCCCAAUAAAUAAUUAAGUAUCUGGAAAAAUUGGAAAUCGCUCUAAAUCAUAUGAAUAUUACAUGAUUGAGGACAUCGUCAAAAAUAGUGUGUCAUACUAAGGCUCAUUUUGUUUUUUGUACAGUUUAUACUCGUAUUGUUAUAGUUAUACCUAACUACCCUCACAGAGAUUAUUUUAAAACGUUCUUUAAGAUAAGUGAAUACAGAUAGUGCAUAGGAAAUUAUUUCCCAUCGUAUUUUCACGGAAACUUACGAACGUGUCUUGCUAUUUCAUUUAGUCUUGGUAAGUAUAAAAAGUACUGACUGAGGUUGACUGAAGUAACAUGACAAUUUCGAACCUUUCCGAGAAAAUACGAUGGAAAACAAUUAUAUGCUGCAUCUGUACUUGUUUAAUUACAACAUAUCAGUUCAAUUGACAUAUUCGCUUGAAGUAUUUAUUAUUUAAUUUUUAAAGACUAUAAGUAUAUUAAAGCAUAGAUUUUUUAAUGAAAAAUAGAACCAAACACAUAUUUUUAAUUCUUGUAAAUCCUAUUUCAUUGAAUAAAUGCAUCAUAUUAAUAACCUAUAUGUCAUUUUUAUGAUUUUUUUUAUUCAACUUCACAUUAUUCAAACUUUCUUUGCUAAAAUAAGUCGUGGUAAUUUUUCUUACAUUUAAAACAGCGUGGUAAUUUUAAACGCCGCUUGUUUGAGAUUAAAAAUGUACAUAAUGUUGCCAUGUUUUCGUAGUUAUCUUAGUGUAUUUAUAAAAUAUAAUCAGUGUUUGGACAACGAAUUUUUUAAGUAAAAUUACGAAAGUGCCUUUUGAAUCGACCAACAUUUUGAUAAAUUGAAAUUUGUAUAUAGUGUUAAUAAGUUAAGUAAUAUUAAGUGUAACGUACGCUGUGGUACUGAUAUUAUGUGUUUGUAUAGAUUAAACUAAUGAAGGUUUAUAAAUGACUAAUGCCGCAAAUCGUUAAACUUAUUGUAAUAUAGCUUUACAAGUUA